AUGUUAGCAACAACAGCACCAAACUCGUUAGUCAUGAACCCAACUUCAAUGUUAGUAGAGAUGAAAAGCUUCAUUCCUUCUUCAUAUACUUUCGAAACAGAAAUCCAGAAGAUAAAGCAGGAACUUCUCCAAGGAGAUUUAGACUGUACCGCACAGGAUGAAACAAAUGAACAGUAUCUUUAUGAAAUGCAGGAUAUUAUUGACCAUCUACCUAAACUUCCUGAAAUACAACAACAAAAGCUCACUAUUCCUGAAUUCGAUGAAAUAGAAGUCAAAGCAACUGACUCAGUAGAAAUAAAGAAGUUCAUACGUAAGAUAAACUAUGAGUUUCUUGGAUUUCAUUGCAACCACAAAGACUGCGAUAUGGUAUAUUUCAUUGACAUAUAUAAAUCUGGGGAGUUUAAGACCUACGACAACUUUGUUUCGUUAGUUGCAAAAUGUGUAUGGCAGAUAAGAGAUAAAGAUAGAAGAGGUAAAGUAUGGAACGGACAAAUAAAACCAGCAGCCUUUGAGUUAAAGAAAACCAUUUACGCCUUAGUCAUACUUGCAGGUAAGGUUUCAAUGUACAAUGCUAAAAUGAACUCACAAUGUUCAAAAUGUAAAGCAGCAAUGAGGAAAUAUAACUACUCCGUCAAAGAGAUAGAACGUAUGCGAAACGACUAUGCUGACUUAAAAGAAAGAAGCAGAGAAACCAGCAGAAGAUAA